AUGAAUAACACAACUGGAGUGGUAGAAAAUUCACCAAACGAUUCGGAGACGCUAAGAAUAGUUAAGAUGACAUUGUACGCAACAAUUUUUAUUAUAGGUAUUAGUGGGAAUACAUUAGUAUGUCUGGUCGUUUAUCGACAGCAAAAACUCCGCACAUCAACAAACUUCUACAUCAUGAACUUAGCGGUAGCAGAUUUGGCGGUGACCAUAGUUUGUAUACCUUUUGAUGUUGCUGUGCAAGAAAACGACUAUGUCUGGCCGUUUGGAAAGUUCCUUUGCCACGUCAUCUAUCCGAUUAUGACCAUGUGCACUUUCGCUUCAGUAGGAACACUUACAGCGAUCGCUUACAACCGAUAUACCGCCAUUUCACGCCCGAUGAGGAUGCAGAGAGGACGUAAAUGGGCAAAAGUAACUAUAGCUGUCAUUUGGGCUGUCUCCUUUGUUUUCGUCUUGCCAUAUAUAACCGUAUUAACGACAAAAAAUUCUCGCUGUGUUGAGAAAUGGUCUACGCUCCAUAGUCGCUUGUACACUUGGUUUAUUUUUAUUUUUCAGUAUGUUAUUCCUUUAUCUAUAAUUUCUCUGGCUUAUGUGAAAAUUGCGAGACAGUUACGGAUUAAUCGCAGUCACCUCACACCGGCCCACCGGGUACAGGAACGCGACGUAUCGAAAGUUGUUCGAAUGAUGGUAGUCGUUGUUUUAAUAUUUGCAGUAUGCAUGCUUCCAAAUCAUAUUCUCUGGCUUCUUACUGACUUUCACAAGGAUUUUCCCGAAGCAGGGCGCCAAGUUUAUGUAUGGGGCGAAAUUUUAAUAUACGCAAACAGCUGCACGAAUCCAAUAGUGUACAGUAUCUGUAUUGAGGAAUUUCGCGUGGCUUUUAAAGCCUUUAUCACCAAGUGCUGUCGAGUUACCGACGAAGACCUAACGCCUGUUAGAAACAUUUUGGAGAGAAUUUCCAUGAGGGAAAAAAGUGUUUCUCAAGCUGACAGAAUGUUGGCCAGGCAGCUAAGUCGUCGGCUACGGGGUUCAUUUCAGCGAACUCAAUCGUUUGAAAGUCGAGGGAGCCUUCCGAGAAUUUUCCGAACGAGGACGACUCACUCGAACAUAUUAAGUGGAGAUUUGCCUGAACUUUUGGAUACAAUGCUUCCCACUCUUUCGCCAAACACGGACACGGGGCGGAACACUCCCAAUCAGGAAGCUAAUCGCAAUGCUUUAGCAGUGACUGCAGUUUGA